AUGGCGGAAAAAUACGACCGUGCCGGUGAGGUAAAAGCAUUUGACGAGAAGAAAAUCGGUGUGAAGGGUCUCGUCGACGCCGGAAUCACACAAAUCCCUCGCAUUUUCCACCACCCGAAUGUCACCGUAACAAACCCCUCUAAACCCUCUUUGACUGUGGUGAUUCCAACGAUCGAUCUCGGUCUCGGUCUCGGAGGAGGCACAGUCACACGAGAGAGUGUGGUUGCGAAAGUGAGAGACGCGGUUAGGAAAUUCGGGUUUUUCCAGGCGAUAAACCAUGGGAUACCGAUUGAUGUCAUGGAGAAGAUGAAACGUGGGAUUCGUGGGUUUCAUGAGCAAGACCCACAAGUGAAGAGAGGUUUUUAUAGCAGAGACAUCAACAGAAAGGUGAAGUAUAAUACGAAUUUCGAUCUUUAUACCUCUCAGGCUGCGAACUGGAGGGAUACUUUAACUACUGUUAUGGCUCCUAAUGUCCCUAGCGCAGAGGACUUACCAGAGACUUGUAGGGAAAUUUUGUUGGAGUACUCAGAGCGAAUGAUGAAGUUAGGAGAGCUAAUCUUUGAGCUUUUAUCAGAAGCUCUUGGUUUAAAACCAAACCACCUCAAAGAACUGGACUGCGCAAAGAGUUUGUCCUUGCUCUCUCAUUACUACCCACCUUGUCCAGAGCCUGACCGAACCUUUGGCAUCAGUUCACACACAGAUAUAUCUUUCAUCACUAUUCUUCUUCAAGACCACAUCGGAGGACUUCAAGUCCUCCAUGAUGGAUACUGGAUCGAUCUUCCUCCUAAUCCCGAAGCUCUUAUCCUUAUAACAAACGAUGAGUUUGUAAGUGUGGAGCAUAGGGUUUUGGCAAACAGAAGUGAAGAACCGCGGAUUUCGAUCGCGUCUUUCUUCAUGCACACCAUAACAAAUGAGCAAGUAUAUGGACCUAUCAAAGAGCUUCUUUCUAAACAAAACCCUCCCAAGUACAGAGACACCACCACCACAGAAUUUGCAAAACAUUACUUGUCUAAAGGACUCGAUGGCACAUCUCCUUUGCUCCAUUUCAGGAUCUGA